AUGCAGCGAGCCAAGUCUGAAGCAUUGCGUAUCCGUCAGCGCAAAGGUCUUCGCCACCGCAAGCAAGGUCACAGUCAUAGGUGCCAGGAUGACUGCUGUAAAUCAGACCGCCGUCAAAAGAAACGCACUGCUAUAGAGAAGACUGCUGGAUAUGAAUCGGAAACCGAAGAUCUUGCCAAGAGAUAUGACAAUGAAGUUCUUGGAAUUGAGACUAAAGACUCUAGCGACGAAGAGUUUUCUCAAAAUGCACCAGCAUAUGAUAUCACCAAGAUGGAUCAGGCUUCUAAGGAGGCUCGAGAGGCUGAGUGGAAGACAAAAUGCCAGAAAUCCAAGGACUACGUCCAACGAUAUAUCCACGGUACCUUGGUAAGCCCGGAACGUCGGCAUUCAACCGAUCAGUCUAUCGACUCCUCUGAGAUCCGGCGUGAAAUAGAGGAACGAGCACAUCGCAUCACCAACAACUAUAAAGUUCUGCACGAAAUAUUGCUCCGUCAUCAGCCUACUAUACAAGCUCGUUGGACCAAGAAACGCCCAAGCCAAAAACAAAAGGUUUUGCGUGAGCUAUGGGCUCAUAUGCCAGAAAAGCAUCGCCCAGAGUUCUAUGCCUUUCGCUGUGCAGGAGCUCAGAAGCGGAAUAAAAAAUAUAGAGACUGGUACAUGUGGCCCUACAUCAACGAGCAGGACCUAACUGCGCGGGAUUCUUUGCUCCUGUUGAUCAAUUCCCGCGCAUUUUACACUCCAUCCAAUUUUGUGGAUGGCGAUUUGGCUGCGAUGAAAUUCGGCUUGGAGAUGGGAAUCCUGAAAUCAGUUCCCCUGCCAGGAUAUUCCAUCACCCUCUUGGAUUCUGAGAACAUUGAAGACUAUGGAAAGCUUGUCGAUAUAUCGACAUAUUCAGAAUCAGAGAUUAUAUGCCUUGACGAGAAGCGGAUCAGCCCGUAUUACGGCAUUCUCAUCCUAGAGGCUCAAGACAGGCUCAUGGAGUUUCUUGUAAACUGCUGCAAGAAAAUAUUACACGACAUCCCAGAAGGCACUCUAAUCUCAGAUGAGUUCCCAAUUAUAGCCAGCACACCAAAGCUGUCGAGCAACAGUGACAUGUAUGAUCCUGCUAUAAUGGCAGCAGAGGCCCCUUACCGAGUACCGGCAAAACCCAACUUCAAACAAAUCGGAUUACUGCUUGGUGCUAAAGUUGCAGAGUUAAAGGAUCGUCUCUUGAACUUGCGUGAAGAUCCGGUUUGCUUUGCUGUUGCCUUGCAGAUGAUGAUAGACCACUCACCAAAGGACUCGGAAGGGAAUAAAGGUUCCUACUCUCGGCCGUGUGCAGAACAUGACUUGACAAACGGUCUACAGUUUCUCAUUUGCAAGCUAUAUGCCGACUUGGAGUUCUUUGCAGACUUAUACGAACAAGUUCAACAACUGGAAAGGUUGCAUGCCAAAUAUGAAGCAGACGUCCUGCCGUUCAAGGAUGUGCCUGAUGAAAUUUUGUCGGCACUAUACAAGUAUCAGAUGCGCCUUUGGGAGACGGUGAAUAUUAGGCGAGGGGCUCUCAGAGCAGUCGUCCGGAACUCUCACGCAUGGUUCCGUCAUUUUACUGAUGGCCGUGCAAGCCUUUCUUCUUUCCGAUCCGACCUAGUCAAUUAUAAAUCGAGUUCAGUUCGCCGCCACUUGAUAUGGCUGCUUCAGUGUGUAACUGAAUUUGAUCCAAAGUUACCCAGCCUUGCCAAUGCUGUUCAUUUGAUCUUACCUUCAAUCAUGGAUGAGAUAGAGACUCUUCGAAAUACUGAAUCAGAGGCAUGGGAGCUCACGUCUUCUCUUACAGGAGAAAUCAUAGACGAGCUAGCGAUCCUUGCGCAGUGUAUGGAGCAAGUCGAUAUGUAUCUUCGACGGACAAGAAGCUACAAACGCUGCGACGAAGAAAAGGAGAACAAAUGUAUCCAUCAACUUACCAAAGAUAUGGAUCAUAUUUAUUCUCUCAUCCAGUUAGGUGAUCAUAUCUAUGAUGACGUUGUCGGAUUGGCAGAUACUGCCACCAAGAAACUGGUGUAUCCUUGGGACAAGCGCCGGACCAAAGACAACGUGCAGGCGAUGCAGAAAGCUGAACGGGACUUGGAUAAAUUCUGGGCCGCAGCCGAUUUAGCCAUGUUUGCCGAAGUUGAAAACUUUCGUGAAUCAAUGCUCGGACAGUAUAUAAUAAGCGUGCAGAAGAAGCUUCGACGGACGCCAGAUUGGAUUGGGGAAGAACAAUCUAUAAUACCGAGAGCUGUCAGGCAAAGAAAUGCAGGUCGGGGGGAGACGGAGGUCUACAAACUUCCCUUUGCGCCCUGCGAUGACCAGAGCGACAGUCCUCGAAAGUUGAAGCAAGAUGGUCGUCAAGGCGUUCAGGUCAAGGUCAAGACGAAAGGACAAGCUCAAAAAGCUGUUACCCAGAGUGAUAUGAAACUCUUUGAGGAAGUCACACCUGAAAUAAUUCCCAUAAUUCCUGUGGACACGCGAGCCUUGAAAGUCUUCCGUGUUCUCUUCUACAAUCCAGAUGUAACCUCUUCACCGGGUGAGAUCCCCUGGAACGAUUUCAUCCACGCCAUGACCUGUACGGGGUUUUCUGCGCAGAAGUUGCAAGGGUCAAUUUGGCAGUUUCACAGGGUGAAUGAUGACGGGCAACAGACGAUUUUGUUCCACGAACCUCACCCGCACAAAAAGGUGCCUUUUUAUGUUGCACGAUCUAUGGGAUGGAGGUUGGGUAGGCAUUUUCAAUGGUCUUUGAAGACUUUUGAGUUGAAAAAGAAACAGAUGGAAGCGUUGUGA